UUUUUAUAAUAAUUACUUAACUUUUAUUAAUUCAAAGUGUAAAUUUUUUUCUAUUUUGUUGUGCAUGACUAUAAAACUCUUUGCUAGGCAAGGCUCUUCAGAUAAAGGGCUGUAUCAGGUUGGUUUAGUUUGCAGGAUUUUGGUUGUAAAGAGCAAAGAAGGGAAUGGAAGAAGUGCUGAAAAAAGUGAAAAGCAAUGGACAAGUUGUUCCUGGUGCCAAAUAUUGUGUUACAGGUUCCACAGGGUAUAUUGGUUCAUGGCUGGUGGAGGCUCUUCUUGAAAGGGGAUGCAAGGUUCAUGCCACUGUCAGAGAUCCUGCAAAAUCAUUGCACCUUCUGUCUUUGUGGAAGGGUGGUGACCAAUUGAGAUUUUUCCAAGCGGAUUUGCAUAAAGAAGGAAGCUUCGAUGAGGCUGUAAAAGGAUGUGUUGGUGUGUUUCAUGUUGCUGCUUCAAUGGAAUUCAAUGUCACUGAGAAUCAAAACAAUGAGGCUUUUGUUAAAGCAAAUAUAAUUGACCCUGCAAUCAAAGGAACCAUAAACCUUCUCAAGUCAUGUUUGAAAUCCAAUUCUGUGAAAAGGGUUAUUUUCACAUCUUCCAUAAGUACCAUUACUGCCAAAGACAACAAUGGAAAUUGGAAACCUAUUGUUGAUGAAUCUUGCCAAAUUCAAACUGAUAGUGUAUGGAACACACAAGCAAGUGGAUGGGUUUAUGCACUUUCCAAGCUUCUAACUGAAGAAGCAGCAUUUCAAUUUUCAAAAGAGAAUGGCAUUGAUCUUGUGUCAGUCGUUACAGGCACUGUUGCAGGCCCAUUCUUCACUGCUAAUGUGCCUACAAGUGUUAAAGUUCUUCUGUCACCAUUAACAGGUGAAACUGAGCACUUCAAGAUAUUAUCUGCUGUAAAUGCACGAAUGGGGUCAAUUUCUUUAGUUCACAUCGAAGAUAUAUGCAAUGCUCACAUAUUCCUAAUGGAGCAUGAUAAAGCAGAAGGCCGUUACAUAUGCAGCAGUCAAAGUUGUACACUGUCAAACUUGGCUACUCUUCUUUCCAAAGUGUAUUCUGGUUCAAAUAUCUAUAUGAAGAUCGAGAAAAAUUAUGACAAAGUUCCUUCUGAGAUUUCAUCAAAGAAGCUAGAAGAUUUGGGUUUUAGUUACAAGCAUGGCCUUGAAGAUAUAAUUCAACAAACAAUUAAUUGUUGCCUAGACUAUAGCUAUUUACCUCCUGUAUAAUCAGUAGCUUUCUAAUACAAUUACAUGAUUGUAAACAAUUGAGCUUUGUAUUUUGCCACACAAAUAAAUGUAGUCCACUUGCAAACCAACA